AUGUUGCUUCAUCGGGCAAAUUCAUCACCUCAACUUCUUUCCCCACCAACUCCAACCCGCAGAUCUUUUAGCAUUUCCCAAGCCUCACCUCCAACAAUUACCUCUCCUUCACCUCAAUCACCAAAUAAUGUAGAAUUUAAUACCAAAAGACGUUCCCUCUCUAUUUCUCCACUCUUUACUGAUUUGCAAAAAAGUAGGCUUUCAAAUCCUAAUACCCUACCGCAAACACCAACUUCUCCAUCUCAAUCUCUCAAUUCACCAAAACAAAGUGGUGGAGCAGGCACUUUUCCCACAUCAUUCAAACCUCCAAAUGUUGUCAGUGAUAAAAAAGGAUCUCUUCAUAUGGACCUUGAUAAGCUGGAUGAGUGGCUUCAACCAGAUGAUAUCCUUCGUCCAACUCUGUCAAUACUCUCCCCUAAAUCAUCACCAACCACAAAACCAACAUCUCCCACACCAUUUGUACGUGAAAGAUCUAAUUCAUUCACAAGAUUUGAAAACUCUAAUUUAGAGAGAUUGUGUACCUCUCCAACAUUCUCAUCUCCAAAGAAUAGCUCACCACUUAAUAGAGUUCUUCAACAAGAGGGAGCCUCAACAACUCCGAAAGGAAGAAACAGAUCGAUGAGUACUAUGAGUAACAUCUCUGCCUUUUCAGAUUUGAGUUAUCGUUCCUCAUUGUCUAACCUGUCUAUUCAAUAUUUAGAACCUGAGGAUGAUGAUUUUGAAGAGGAGGAAGAAAGUGAAUCGGAAAACCUUAGUUGUCGUUCAACAAGUAAUAGUAAUGCGGAAGAACAACAGAUUUCAUCUUCGGAAAGUUCAGAAUCAGAAGAUGAGGAAGAAGUGAUUCAAUCUGCCACAACAUUUGAUCAAUUAUUUCACAAGAAAUUCACCAAAUUACCGUCAGCAAACAAAGUCAGUCCUUUGGACAGUCUGUUAAAAACUACUGUGGAUGAUGAAUCCUCAACAAACUUUGUUGCAUUCAAAGAAAUGUUAAAAGCAAAACUUCAAGAGGGAAAAAAAGUUGGCUCUGCUGAAAAGAAGAAUGAACAAGAAAUCUUAAAGAAAAAAGUGGCAAACAAGGCUGUUGAGGAGCUGGAUAAAAAGCUAGAUGACAGUUCAUUAGGCUCGGAAAAUGAAACAAUUGCUGAAACAUCAUCCAUAGCACCACCUACAAAAUCAGUUGUUUCAGAAAUAUUGGAAAAGAAGAGAAGAAAACUGCAAGCACUCGAAAGAAAAGAAGAGAAUAGGCACAACAUUGAAAAAUCAAAGAGUUUCAUCACUAUGCAAAAUGCAAUUCAUGCUGUCUGUAAUUUAGUUAACAAAAAGCUCAUUCAAAAUUUACCUUUUUUAGGUGUCAAUGCUGUACAUGACAAAGCAAUAGAUCCAUACACAUUGAAACAUAAUGUUGAGAAUGUGUUGAUAAGAAAGAGGAAUGAGGAAGCAAUAUCUUUACCACAAUUCUUAGGCUAUGUUGUUUCCAUUAAAGCAACCAAGCUCGAACUUGUUUUUCAUGAAUUGAAGAAAUAUCUUGUGGAUGAAGAUCAUGGAAUGCUUGACAAAUUCUCAGAGACUUCCUCUUCCCCACUUCCAGUAAAACCAAAGCCAAGGCGGAUGAGAUCAGAUAGUGGAAUUAAUAUUUCUUCAGUUCUGGAAAAAUUAACAGAUAUUGCUCACAGAAUUGAAGAUGGUGAGUCAAUUGAUUCCCCUAGGGAAGAAAAGAGACAACCAUUUUCAGAAGUUUCCAAGAAGGAGGAUAUUUCAGAAAGUAGUCCUGUCACAGAACAUUCUCCAUCAAGAACUCCUCCUUCGUUAGAGAAGAGUUUGUCAAACCUUAAUUUAGCUGACGUUUCUAAUUUCCUAUGUAAUUACAAGGAAAAUACUCCAAUUGAGGAGCCACCAGUAUUGGAGGAAAUUAUUCAAGAUUUCAAACCACCAAAGGAUGAAGAGGAUGUAGAAGCUAGUCUCUCCAAUGAAGUUGUAAAGAUGAUCACAAUGCUGAGUCAAUUAGUAGAUGAUAUGCCAAGAGAUGAAGACGGAAUUUCGGCCAUUUCAGAAGUUUUUGUUCCUCAUGUUGAGCAUAUUUUGAACUGUCUUCCUGCCUUAGGAAAAAUACAAGAGCAAUAUGCAACUGUUUUGUUGGAAGACUUACUUUUUAACACGAGAGAAUUACUUAAUAAUUUACCUUUCUUUUCCAACUUUGCUGCCAGUUUGAUUUUCAAAAUUAAUGGAUGGUUAGUUUCAGAAUCAAAACAAUUCGAAUCAAGUUCUCAACCAAUGGUUGCUGAACUAAUCACCAAGUCAGAAGUGGAUAUCUCUGAAGAUGUUGUAGUAAACGAAGAUUGCGAACCAAUCCAAACAGAUAUCAGAUCAUCAUUUGAAGAACAACUUACAAUGAACAAACUCAAAGAUCUAAUUGAAGAUGAGAGUGCAGCUUCAGAAUUAAUGGACUUGCUUUCAGAAGUAAGGAAUUUAUAA